UUUUUAUUUGACAUCUUAGUAUGGAUGCAAACUUUAGGUCCAGAUGUUCAGACAUGUUAAAAUGAAGUCUUGAAUCGGUAACAGAAGAUCAUCCUUCUUUGCUCGCUGACCCAUUUGUAUCACUUUCAACAUCCUGAGACGGUAACAAAGCAGACUCCAGUUUCAAGGACUCAUCAGCUGGUUGCUAGGGACUCAUGGCUCCAUAGCAACAGCAGCAGAUUAUUGUGACAUGUCCAGCGGAGACGGUGAAGAUGGUGUCUGGAAAACAAGGUAAGUUUACGGAUUCCUUGUUGCAUCAUCAAAUCAAUUCAGUUUGAUAAUUCUGAUGCAUUUAAACCUGCAGGUGUCCGACCGAGAUUUGAUCCCUCAAAGAGAAUCUUGGAGCUGGCGCAGCAUAAAACCUCAAAAACAGUCUGGGAGACGACUCCUUGCUGUGUUUCUUUGCAAAAACUCAAAAUCUGAGAAGGUGAGCUGGGGCAACCAGGAGCCGAUAUGGCCCAUCUCCACCGCCGCACUCAAAGCUACUCCGACUGCAAGAAUCCAAUACCUGGCUCAACACAAAAGAGAUUUCUCAGCAAGGGAGGACCCCCGGAGGCAAGCAAGGCACCUGCAGACUUCCAGACAGUCAUUAUUAAUGACUGUCUGGAAAACGAUAGAAAGGAAGGACUGCUUGUGAUUUGCUG